AUGGCAACGCCUGCAAACGAGGGCGACCAGAGCGACGGCAGCCACGGAAACAGGCCUAUCAACAAGACGAAACGGUCAAGAUGGGCAACGCGCAAGCUGACGGUCAAGAGCAGCAAGGUCAAGCGGCUGUCGCUCCUGGGCCGCACGCACAACACAAGACACUCCAACGAGAACAAGAAGGCGUCUGGAGGCUCCGAGUCACUACGGCAGCCAAAUCAAGACCAUGGCGGCCCAGAAGAAGAGGAGACCGAGGAUUCCGGGCCCGGGCCCAGGACUCUAUAUUUCAACCUGCCGCUCCCUGACGACUUGAAGGACGAGGAUGGUGAACCGGCGCAAACAUACGCGCGAAACAAGAUCCGCACAGCGAAAUACACGCCGCUGUCCUUUAUACCCAAGAAUCUGUACUUCCAAUUCCACAACGUGGCCAAUAUCUUCUUCUUGUUCAUCACUGUAAUUGCUUGCUUCCCUAUAUUCGGCGUUAACAAUCCCGGCCUCAACUCUGCUCCUCUGAUAUUCAUCAUUGCAGUCACAGCAGUCAGAGAUGCUAUCGAGGAUCGGCGGCGGACCAUCUCGGAUAAACAGCUCAACAACUCCCCAGUUUAUCGGCUGUGCGGCUGGGAUAACGUCAAUGUGAAGGAAGACAACGUAUCGAGUUGGAGAAAGACGAAGAAAGCUACCUCAAGAUUUCUAGACAUCAUUUGGCAUUCCAUCGAGAGCUUGUGGAAGAGGAAAAACAAGGGCAAGGGGGCAACCGGCAUCGGGCAUGAUGGUCCCCGCGCGUCGAUCGAGACGACAAGGACUCGUCCGGAAUCUAUCAUAUCCCCCUACACGGAGAGAACGUCGUUUGUUUCGGCCCGUGAAAAUAUCCAGAUGACGCCAGUUCCGUCUCCACAUCCUCGGCCGGACCAGCUUCAGCCGCAGCCUCAGCUCCAGGACCCCCGGGAGCGGCCAACCUCGGCCUUUUCCUUCCAGCCCAGCGAGGUCAACAUACGAACAGUCAAGACAGACUUGAUCAACUAUGACAUUCAAGCCCCAGGCAAAGCACGCUUCCAUCGGAGUGCGUGGAAAGACCUCCAAGUCGGUGACUUUGUGCGAAUAUAUAAUGAUGACGAGUUCCCCGCUGAUGUUAUCAUCCUGGCGAGCUCGGAUCCCGAAGGCGCCUGCUACAUCGAGACCAAAAACCUGGAUGGGGAGACCAACCUGAAGUACCGGCAGGCUCUUCGCUGUGGGCGAUCUCUCAAACAUGCGAAGGAUUGUGAAAGAGCACAGUUCCGGAUCGAAAGUGAAGCACCACAACCUAACCUCUACAAGUAUAAUGCCGCCAUCAAGUGGAAUCAGAAGAUCGCAGGCCAAUCGCAUGAGAUGUCAGAACCUGUCACGAUCGAUAACGUCCUCUUACGAGGCUGCAAUCUGAGAAAUACGGAAUGGGCUCUCGGCAUCGUCAUAUUCACUGGUCACGACACGAAGACCAUGAUGAACGCAGGGAUAACCCCUAGUAAGCGGGCUCGCAUCUCCAGGGAGCUAAACUUCAACGUCAUCUGUAACUUUGGCGUCCUGUUCAUCAUGUGCCUUAUUGCCGCCGUCGCUAACGGCGUCGCCUGGGGACAGAACGAUGCAUCACUGCAUUAUUUCGACUUCGGGUCUAUUGGAGGAUCACCAGGCAUGAGUGGGUUCACCACAUUCUGGGCGUCCAUGAUCCUCUUCCAGAACUUGGUUCCAUUAUCGCUCUAUAUCUCGGUCGAGAUCGUGCGAACUCUUCAGGCCGUUUUCAUCUACAGCGAUGUAGAGAUGUGGUAUGAUCCGAUCGGGCAGCCGUGCGUACCGAAGUCAUGGAAUUUAUCCGACGACUUGGGUCAAAUUGAGUACAUCUUUUCCGAUAAGACGGGGACCCUGACCCAGAACGUCAUGGAGUUCAAGAAAGCAACUAUAAACGGGCAGCCCUAUGGCGAGGCGUACACCGAGGCCCAGGCUGGAAUGCAGAAGCGGCUGGGAAUUGAUGUGGAAAAGGAAGGUGAAUUGGCAAGAGCUGAGAUCGCCGAGGCUAAAGUAAAGGUGCUCAAGGAUCUUCGGGAGCUUUACGCCAACCCUUAUCUGCAUGAUGAAGACCUGACCUUUAUUGCCCCGGACUUCGUGGAGGACCUCUCCGGAAAGCACGGGCCUGAACAGCAGCACGCUACCGAACGAUUCAUGCUGGCACUUGCGCUCUGCCACACAGUCAUCGCUGACAAGGUCCCAGGAGACGUGCCAAGGAUGACAUUCAAGGCACAGUCACCGGACGAGGCCGCACUCGUCGCAACAGCCCGUGACAUGGGCUUCACAGUUCUCGGAAACACUAGCGAGGGCGUAAAUCUGAACGUCAUGGGCGAGGAGAAGCACUACCCCAUCUUGAACGUAAUCGAGUUCAAUUCGUCCCGUAAGCGUAUGAGUGCUAUUGUCAGGAUGCCAGACGGCAAGAUUAUACUCUUCUGUAAGGGUGCAGACAGCGUCAUCUACUCACGGCUGAGGCGGGGAGAGCAAGCUGAGCUGCGUAAGAGAACCGCUGAGCAUCUCGAAAUGUUUGCCAGAGAAGGUCUCCGGACCCUCUGCAUUGCAGAGCGGGUAUUGGACGACGAAGAAGAAUACUACGACUGGCGUAAGAUACACGAUGCUGCCGCCACAGCACUUGAAGAGCGCGAGGAGAAACUGGAGCAGGCAGCCGACUUGAUAGAGCAAGAACUGACACUCUUAGGUGGAACAGCCAUCGAGGACCGACUACAAGACGGAGUUCCGGAUACCAUCGCACUACUAGGCGACGCAGGCAUCAAACUCUGGGUGUUAACCGGCGACAAAGUGGAGACGGCCAUCAACAUCGGAUUUUCGUGUAACCUCCUGAACAACGACAUGGAGCUCAUUCGUCUUCGGGUCGAAGAGGAUGAGAACGGUAACACUCCGGACGAGGAAUUCAUUGGCCUGAUACGGGCUGAGCUUGACAAGCACCUAGCGGUGUUCAACCUCACAGGGAGUGACCAAGACCUAGCGGAAGCCCGACAUAAUCACGAGCCACCAGGCCCGACGCAUGGCUUGGUCAUCGACGGUUUCACCCUCAGGUGGGCACUGCGUGACGAGCUGAAGCAGAAAUUCCUCCUCCUCUGCAAGCAGUGCAAGUCGGUUCUGUGCUGCCGCGUCAGUCCGGCCCAGAAAGCCGCUGUCUGCGCCAUGGUGAAGACAGGUCUUGACGUCAUGACUCUGUCGGUGGGAGAUGGUGCAAACGACGUUGCCAUGAUCCAGGAGGCAGAUGUGGGUGUCGGUAUCGCGGGAGUUGAGGGUCGCCAGGCCGUCAUGUCGUCCGACUACGCCAUCGGCCAGUUCCGAUUCCUCCAGAGACUGAUACUGGUUCACGGUAGAUGGUCCUAUCGAAGACUGGCCGAAACCAUCAGCAAUUUCUUCUAUAAGAACAUUAUUUGGGUGUUCACACUCUUUUGGUUUCAAGUCUUCUGUAACUUUGACAUCACUUACGUCUUCGACUAUACCUAUAUCAUCCUCAUUAAUCUGCUCUUCACCUCAGUCCCGGUCGUCCUUAUGGGCGUUUUUGAUCAGGACGUCUCGGACACUGUCUCGCUAGCCGUGCCUCAGCUAUAUCGCCGCGGCAUCGAGAGGCUGGAGUGGACUCGAAGAAAGUUCUGGCUCUACAUGGUUGACGGCUUCUACCAAUCCAUCAUGUGCUUCUUUAUUCCGUACCUUACCAUCACUGGCGGCCCGUUUGCUUCCGUCAACGGUUUGGAUGUGGCGGAGCGAACACGCCUUGGUUGUUAUAUUGCUCACCCGGCCGUGUUUACCAUCAACCUGUACAUCCUCAUCAACUUGUACCGGUGGGACUGGCUGAUGCUUCUGGUCAUCGCCGUCAGUGAUCUGUUCAUCUUCUUCUGGACGGCCGUCUACGGAUCCAAUAUGUCUGGGGCAGCCUUUUAUCAGGCGGCGCCACAAGUCUACGGGCAGCUAUCGUUCUGGGCAGUCAUGCUCAUUACGCCAGUCGUAUGCAUACUCCCUCGAUAUGCGAUCAAGGCGCUGCAGAAGGUGUAUUGGCCGUACGACGUCGACAUCAUCAGGGAGCAGGUACAGCAAGGAAAAUUCGACCGCCUCCAUCCGGCCAAGGAAGCGGAGGAGAAGGGACUAGAGGGCACAGCCUCGGGGUCAUCGGAUUCGUCCAAGAAGGGCAAGCACGCGCAAUAUCCCAGCGUGGACGAAGACAGGCGACCGAUCUAUCCGCCGUCAGUUGCGACGCAUAAUACGCGGACACAGAACGGCAGCGACGGAACCAACUCCACGCAUCACGAUGCGCCAUCGGUGGAGAUGCCGGUUCGAACGUCGAUAGACAGGGCCAGGCCGUCGUAUGAUCGAAUUAGGGUCUCGAUGGAUCGAGUGCGGGCGAGCUACGAAGCUAGCCACGACUUUACCACAGCGGCACGACUCACCAGGAUCGAGUCGUCGCACUCUGCGAACAACUCGCGCAACCGUGCGGCGGCCAACAGCAGUCGAGGUUUCAUGCAGGGGCGGCUUCGAGGCCUCCCCAUUAUAUCCAACAAGAGCAGACACUGA